UCACUCUCAUUAAAAACAUAGUUUAUGCUUUCAAACAUGGACGCACCCAUAGUUGUAUUAUUUCAAAAGCAUGGCUGUAUAUUCUAACCUUAUUCUUUAAGUGUAUAUAAACAUCAGUUUCAACGUAAAGUAAGGAAAGACAAUGGGACACAGUAAAAUAUUCUGCAAGAAUCGCGCGUUAGGAUAUGUCAGUAAUCACAUUCCUCUUAUAACAAGAUAUAUUACAAGGCGAAAAGAAAAUCUUAUAAUAACAUGUGUCGGUGAUACGUUUCUUACGUACAGUUGUACACAUUUCACGCUUCUUAGCGCAUCAAAAACGANUCCAGGUGAAAUUACAUGUCUCGCGGGAGACCCUUAUCACACUUUUACAGCAUGUGGAAAAGAAAUAUACGCUUGGCGAAGAGGAGGAGAGCUAAAACAUACUUAUAAAGGACAUGACUACACAGUGCAUAUUCUGUUACCUUUUGGUUUUCAUUUAAUAUCUAUUGAUGAGAACAACAGUGUUAAACUGUGGGAUAUUAGUACAGAAGAGCUAAUAACAGAGCUUGAUUUCAGUGAUAAACAUUUCAAAAUUACAACAAUAAUACAUCCUAACACCUAUAUAAACAAAAUAUUACUUGGAAGUGAACAAGGUCAACUGCAGUUAUGGAAUUUGAAAGUACUAAAAUUAAUUUACACGUUUAAAGGCUGGAACACACCAGUAACUGCACUUGAACAAGCACCUGCAAUAGACGUUGCAGCAAUAGGUUUAAGAGAUGGAAGAAUUAUAUUACAUAAUUUGAAGCUCGAUGAAACACUUUUUGAAUUAGUACAAGAUUGGGGUUGUGUAAUAUCCAUCAGUUUCCGAACAGAUGAGCAUCCAAUAAUGGCCACAGGAAGUUUAGAGGGUCAUAUUGUAUUUUGGAACUUAGAGCAACGUAAAGUGGAAAGCCAACUCCUUAAAGCUCAUUUUAGGGGUGUCACAGGAUUAAAAUAUAUACCCAAUGAACCAUUGUUAGUAUCUUCUUCUUCUGACAAUUCUAUAAAGUUAUGGAUAUUUGACUUAGCUGAUGGAGCUGGAAGACUUUUAAGAAUUAGAGAGGGUCAUUCAGACCCUCCUAGUAUUGUUCGUUUUUAUAGAAAUAAAGGUAACAGUAUAUUAACAGCUGGAAGUGAUUCUUCUUUGAGGGCAUUUUCUACAAUUACGGGACUGUUGAAUAAAAACUUUGGAAGAGCAUCAUUCAACAGAAAAGCUGCAAAGAAAAGAGGAAGACUUAUUGAAGAUCCUUUAUUAAUGCCACCAAUUACUAAUUUUGCUGUAGAGUUAACAAGAGAAAAAGAAUGGAAUAACAUUGCAGCAACACAUUCUGGUUUGGGUACAGUCACUACAUGGUCUUCUGAUAAAGCAAAAAUGGGAGAACACAAAUUAAUCAUAGAAAAGUUUAAAAGCAACCGUAACAUUAUUGCAACUUGUGUGUGUAUAACAAAAUGUGGAGAUUUUGUUGUUAUUGGAUAUAAUAGUGGCCAUGUAGAAAGAUUUAAUAUACAAUCAGGAAUUCACAGAGCUAGCUAUGGUACUAAUAAAGGAGCACAUCAAGGUCCUGUGAAAGGUGUAAUGGUAGAUCCUUUAAAUCAAACUGUAAUCACUGCUGGCAGAGAUGCAUUUGUAAAGUUUUGGAAAUUUAAACCAAAAGCAGGAGAUACUGAAUCGGUAACAAAAAUAAUAUUGGAUGAACCAGCUGAAUGGUUACGAUAUCAUAAUGAUAGUUCCCUUAUAGCCAUAGCAUUGGAAGAUUUUACUAUUAUAUUAAUAGAUCUUGACACUAAAAGAAUUGUCCGACGUUUUGAAGGACAUCAAGCGCGAUUAACAGACGCAUGUUUUAACCCUGACUCUAGAUGGCUAAUAACAGCAUCUAUGGAUUGUACAAUUCGAACAUGGGAUAUUCCUUCCUCCAAUUUAAUAGACAUUUUUCAGGUACCAGAAGCAUGCACGUCUUUAAGUUUUUCACCUACUGGUGAAUUUCUUGCUACAGCACAUGUAUGUAACUUAGGUAUAUAUUUAUGGUCAAACCGUACCUUGUAUUCCCACAUUUCUUUGAAAGGAGUGAACAAAGACGAUCCGAUUCCAACGAUUGGUCUACCUGGCUCAAUAAUAGAAGUUACUGAUAUUAAUGAAGAUGAACUUACUGAACCAGAAUUGGAUUAUGUUUCUCCAGCACAACUUCAGGAGGAUCUUAUUACAAUGUCCGGUUUAGCUCACUCGAGGUGGCAGAAUCUAUUAAAUAUCGAUAUCAUAAGAAAAAAGAACAAACCAAAAGAACCGCCAAAGGCACCGGAAAGUGCACCUUUCUUUCUGCCAACGAUUCCAUCCUUAGAAUUGAAAUUUGACCUUUCGGGUGUUAAAGAUACCGAAGUCAACAAGAAACUGAUUAUUCAUCCUGAGCUAGAAAAUCUCACUUUGUUUGCCAAAUCCUUACUGUCUAUGAAAGAUCCACAAUUUGAAGAAGUUAUUGAAAAAUUAAAAAAUAUGAGUCCCAGUUCUAUCGAUUUCGAAAUUCAAUCACUUUCAGCGGAUGAAAAAACAUCAAAUACUUUAUUACUUCACUUUAUGAAAAUGAUAUAUCAUAUGAUGGAAAAGAAAAUGGAUUUUGAAUUAACACAAGCUUACCUAGCCGUAUUUUUGAAAUACCACGGAGCAACAAUAACAGAAGACGAAACGUUAAGAAAUUAUUUAGUCACAUUACAAGAAAUACACUCAAAGUCUUGGUUUGUAUUAAGAGAUAAAUUGUUUCAUAAUCUAAGUGUUGUACAAGCUUUGAAGAAGAUGUAAUUAUUUUAUUGUAAUAAAAAUGACGUGUUAUUUUUUUAUGUAA